AUGAAAGUUGUUGAAGAUGAGUCUUAAGAGCUUUGGCUGCUGCAUGGGAAAGGGAUGGGAAGAUUGUGAAUGUGCCAUGCUUCAUUUUAGAUCCUGACAUUCUAGAGUUUUUGAUCUCCAUUGCCUAAGGAUUGAUGAAGAUACAGUGCGAAGUGUGCGAGAAGGCUGAAGCAGAAGUACUCUGCUGUUCAGAUGAAGCUGUUCUUUGCAAGCCAUGUGACACUAAGGUACAUGAAGCUAAUAAGCUUUUCCAGAGGCAUCACCGAGUCGACCUACAAAAGAAUACAGCCACAGUAGCUUCUGGAGGUCCUCUCUGUGAUAUCUGCCAGGAGAGAAAAGGGUACUUCUUCUGCUUAGAAGACAGAGCAUUGCUGUGUAAUGACUGUGAUGGAGCCAUCCACAUUUGCAAUUCCCACCAAAGAUACUUACUUUCUGGAGUCCAAGUUUCUGAUCCGUCUUUGACUGAAAACUCUGGAUGCAGCACUAGUUUUAGCUCUGAAACUUACCAGAUUCAGUCAAAACCUUCUCUGAAUAGUCAGUACUCCAGUGAGGAGACUGAAGCGGGAAACUCAUUUGAGACAGACAUGAAUCCUUGUGUCAUCUUAAGUCCUUAGUGAUACAGAUUAUGGUCCACUGAUAUUUGUAGACUAAGUGACAAAUAAUUCGAUCUUGAAGUCUAAUAAAACAGUUUCUGUAAUGAAGU